AUGCUGUCUCCAGUGGAGGAACCAAGUGACGAGUAUGUAGAUCUCAUGGAUGAGCUCCAGUGCCUAGUGGAAACAGUAUCAGAGUACCUGGCUGGAAAAGAGGAGGAAAAAACCAAGUAUGGUUCCCUUCCCAAGUCAUCCAAGUCAAGGUUAUCUUCCCAGGGCAGCGUAGGAACAGAAUCUACUGGAGAGGCCCCAAGGACCCCUAGAGAUGUCAAGGAGGAGCCCCAGACAGAGGCUCCACCUGAACCAGGAAUAUCUGGAGUGAAAAAUGCUAUGAGUUUAUUAUUCAGUUCCUUCACUGGCAAGGUUAGCACGGCCCCCAAGCAGCCCAGCUCAGGUUCUGCAGAAACUAAAGAAGUACCACCUGCACCAUCUUCUCAAUCUGGUAUAUCCACACUGUUUUCUUUCAUUCCAAAAUCCACCAGCCCUGCUCCUGUAUCUGUUGUAUCUCCUACAGUUCACCCCAACAGAACAUUUUCCUUCAAUUGGCCUUCCCAGUCUGAUGCCAAGACACCAUUCCACAAUCAAGACACGCCAGCCAUAAGAACGGAGAUUCGAAAUAGUACAAGUGAUAAAGUUCAGGACUCUGCAACGAUGCCACAAACACCAGCAGUCACUUUCGCUUUUGGGAAAAUUAGUUUUGGCCAACAUUUUUCAGGUGAAGAGGUAGUGAACUCCACAGAGGGAAAACGACCUCCAGGGAGAAGUGGCUCGAGAGAGGACUCUCAAAAUCUUGCAAACUGGAAUGAGAAAUGUAUCCAGCAAGUUGAACAGUCAAGGACUGUGGGAGGAGGCAGAGGACUUGAUAAUUCAAGAAAUACACCCCAGAAUAAACUAUUUGUUAAUGCACAAGGGAAAGUUGUGCAUGGGAGACUUGACUCUAUGACUGCCUCUCAGCAAUAUGUGCCUACAGCGGGUGGGAAGCCCAUUAGCCAACUAGAACCAGUGAGUUCAGGGUUCUUUAGCCCUUACAAGAAAUCUUUCAGCUCAGUUAACCCUGUUCCCCCGCAGGGCCCUCCACCUGUUUCAGUGUAUCCUGUAUUUGGGUCAGCACCAGAUAUUAGCUCAGAGAAGCCUAUGGAGGAGCCAUCUUUAGGCAGUAAGCUAAAACGUCAGUUUCUCUCCUCUGACGAUGUCUCUUCCCAACAGCCUCCAAAACCAGAAAGAGGAAUGUUCUCUGGAGUCAUGAAAUGUGCUUCUGGUGAGGAUGUCAGUGCCUCCAAACCCCUAGAAAAUCCCGGUCAACAACAGGCCCAGCAUCACCAAUUGUCCCCAGUUCCACAUCAGCAGCGUAUGAAGCAACUUCAGAGACCACCACCAAUGCCUCUUGCGACACAGCAUGCUCCUCCUCAACCUGAACCUCAAGGUUUUUUUAACAGGCCUUUUUAAAGGGGCAAGAUCUGAGGAUACAUCUAAUGUUGGCUCUAUUUAGCCCUGCAAGGAGGGAUAUUGUCAGGACCUUUUAGAUAUAGCUCUGCGGGUGACUUAUCUGGGAACCCACCGCCACAGCAAGUUCUCCCAAACAAUCAACGUCCUAGAGCCAGUAAUCCUCAACAGUUCCCUUGUCAACCUCCCCCACAACAAAGUGCAACUCCCCCCUCUCAGCCGGGGAGUAUUCUCUCUGGGUUACUGAGGUUUUCAUCUGCAGAAAGCCUAUCGCCUAGUGUACAACCUCCCCAGGCCCAACAGCAAGGUGCUUUCCCAAGCAAUCAUCCUAGUCAGCAACAAGCACCAAACCCAUCCCAACAAGCACCCCCUCAACAAGGAGGUAUUUUCUCUGGGUUGUAUAAAUUGGGUUCCUCUAAUGUUCUGAGCACCCAAACAACUCCACUCCAGCAGCAACAAAUGCCUUCUGGUGGUCCUCGUAAUCAGCAGAACUUCAACCAACAGAAUAUGCCAGAGCCAAACUAUGGUCCACUGAGGGACCAGACUUUUCUAGACAGCAAACCAGGCUUUUCUAGACAACAUACAGUUUCAAAACCUGCUUAACAAGGUGGUCUCCUUUCUGGAAUUUUUCAGUUUGCUUCUGCAGGUAAUGUAUCUACCAAUCAGUCCCCAAUCCCUCAGACACUUUCUGCAGCUCCUCUCAAUCAGCCUAGCCAGCAGUACCCAUACAUGCAGGAUGUGCAGUUGCAAAGCCAAAAUCAACUAACUCAGCAGCCUAGUCAAUCCAGAGUUCUGCUCUCUGGGCUUAAAAGAAAAUCUUCCACAGACAAUAUGCCUCAGCAGCAGCCGUCCCCACCAAUCAGCCAAGAAAGGCAGCAACAUGUAACCUCACCACCAUGUGUAACCUCACCACCAUGUGUAACCUCACCACCAUGUGUAAUCUCGCCACAAAAUCUGACUCCUCCUCCACAUCAAGAUACUGCAAGGAGUUCUCUCUGGACUGUUUAGCAAAUUAA